UAUGUACAGUAGUGACUCACGGGAAUGUCUUGUAGAAUAGACUGUUUUAAUUAAUUAGUGGCUCUCAAAAACAACUCGUAUCCCGAAACAAUCGAUCGAUGUCUCCUUUCCUUAUCACGUACUGUGCCGUUUUUGCUCACGUAGCGUUCUCUAGGCCUCUACCUCGAGAUUGUUGCAAGAAGACACGUCGCUCUGCUAUGGACUUGAAGCAUGAAAUGACUAUUGGUGUGUUACUGCCGACCGUGGAGGUAAACGGCAAGCUCUUCAAUCAACCAAUUCGAGCGGUACUGAUGGCUGUCGACGAGAUCAACGACAGGUCAGACAUCUUGCCAAACACUCGUAUUUGUGUGGUCGUUAACAGCACAUCUUACGAUCGCUGGCAAGCCGUGCAAGCUGCAUUGUGGCAAGUAAACGUGGCUAACGUAGCAGCCAUUAUAGGUGGAUCCGACGCGUCGGAGGCGAAACUUAUCGCUACGAUCACAAGAGAGGCAUCGGUACCACUCCUUUCACCGUUAGAUGUUGAGUUUGAGUCUGAUUUGCAAACUCUUUAUCCGACGUUGUUCAGAGUUGGUGAUGCUUAUGACCGUCUGCGAGAUCUCAUACGAGAUGUGCUCGAGCAAUUUGGCUGGAGAAAUGUUACUGUUAUUCACUCUGAUGAAGACUACGGUUUUUAUGGAGUUCGAUAUGCCAUCGAACAAGCAAGAGCUGCUGGCUAUCACAUCAAUUCUGUCUAUUUGCAACAGCCUCAUAAUGAUCAACUAACUGAGAAUGAAAAGAAAACCAUCUACACGUUGAGGGAUGAUCGAUUCCGCAUAUUUGUAGUUGUUCUUCAUCCUGAAGAGCAAGCUGCGGUCUUGAGAAUUGCUUCUGAAGCAGGUAUGUUUGCGUCAGGUAAGCUUGGAAUUGAAAUCAAAUUGACAACGUGGAACGACACAUGGGAUAAAUUAAUUGAAGAAGUAGGAAAUGCUAACAGCAGUUGGCAUCUAGCAGUAGGAAGUGUGACAGUUACAAAAUACAGAAGUCAGCUUGUCAAUUUCUCCAGUAAUUUCUUUGACAGCAGUCUCAGAAUUUUAGUUCGAAAACCAAACGUUAUUGGAAAGAGUUACUUUGAAUUUUUUCACCCAUUCAGCUGGUCUUUGUGGUUUCUCAUAAUUAUCACUCUCGUUGUGGCUUCUGGUGUGAUUCUCUUCCUUGAUUCAGAUUCUGUUGACAAUCUCGUCAUCAACGGUCUAGUCAAGAACAGAGGGAGCGUGUUUCUUUCACACCUCACUGCGGGAAUGUGGAAGGUAACGUCUCUUCUCAAGCUUCCUCCGCUGGUACACAACCCACACCCGUUUCAUCAACGACGUUCCUGGACUCCGCACUUUCUCAGAACAUGA